CAUUAAAAAAAAAGACAAGGUGAAGUCUGCCACAACGUCACGACGACGAACGACAGUCAAACGGUCUCCGUGUGAAAAUUCGUUAAAAAAACCUAAAAUAUUUACAAUUAAAUUGUUUAAAAAAAUGUAUUAAUAUAUCCCAACAAGUGUUUCCUAUCGGAUUAAGUUUUGCAUAUUAAUUUAUAGUGAUAUAUAAAUUUUUGUUCAAUAGAAUGCAAUAUUUUUGUGCUGUACCUGCUUCUCCUGCGGCUCCAUAAAUUCGACCUCUGCACGCAAUUCACAAUUCAAGUCGUCCGUCGAUCAAAAAAAAAAAAAAAAAUCAAACCAUCUCUUCUAAAAUCCAUCUUCAUCUUCUUCACCAUCAUCAUCGUUGUACAAGAAAAAAGGAGAAGCACCACACCAUCAAAAAGCAGCUGCUGUUCUGUCUCUGUAUGUGAUUUAUGUGUGUGACAACGACAACAGUACCAACUACCAACAAGGAAUUCAAGUGUUUUUUUUUUUUUUUUAACUCAACUCACCGAAGAAGAUGUGAAAAAAAGUGCAAAAAAUGAAAUGAAUUUUCUCAAAAAUUUUAUGUGAAUUAUUGUUGUAAAAGUUUUUAGAAAUAUUUGUAAUAAAUUUUCCUGUUUGGUGCGUUUCCCAAAAAAAAAAUAGAAAAAACGGAAAAAACCAAAGUGUACUCUCUCAUUCUUGUCUUUUCAAUGUAAAAAAAGCGAAACAAAACGAAUACAAAAAAAUAAUUUUUCAGGUGUAUUUGUGGUGCCCAAUCGUGCGUGUUUGUGUGUAUGUGUGUGUGUGUAAUGAGAUGUAAUUCGUUUUGUUGGUCGUCUUUCGGAAUUGCCCUGAAUUUUCCGCGAAUGAAGAAAAAUCAUUUGGGCCCCGACGAGAUUUACCACUUCAUAUAAAUAUUGAAAACCGCCAAUGAGUCGACGACAGUCCUUGGAUCGACCAGGAAUACUGUCUCCUCCGGGUCCGUUUUUAACACCCAGUCCAUCGCCUUCUGUCUCAGCCAGUCCACGCUUGCAGCCAUCACCGUCGAUAUCACCAUUCCCUCAAGAUGUGUUAUUGGUAACUGGCAAUACAAUUACCAACACGACUCAGGAGCAGGAACGCAAGGCGGCGACGCCUGGCAGACGUCAAUCAAUCCACCAAUAUACAACUGGUAGCCCAAAUGCUGGCACAGUGGUAUUCCAACCAAGUCCCUCGCAAUCACCAGCGGCUGCAACAACAGUCAUUGGUGUUACGGGCAAUGAAUUCAAUACAACUCUUGUUGGAUCCAAUAACAUUUCAUUAAAUAAGAAAGCUAAUAAACGUACAUCACAAGGAUUCACUGGCUAUGGGGGGCAGACACAAGCAAUUAAUACAUCCAAUUCGUUUGCGACAGCAAAUGUGGCUAGUAGCCCAAAAGGGCAAACGAAAAAAGCCACAAACGUGCCCACAUCGAUAAUUCACAAUAAUAAUAGCAGUAAUUUAAAUAAUAGUCACCAACAACAACAGCAGCAUCAAAUACAUCAUAACAAUCAACAUCAUCAAAACCAUCCACAUCCCGGCAGUAGUCCUUUGACAUCGGAAAGUCCGAUAGCCAGUCCGAUUGGUAAUAAUAGUGGCAUUAAACCACCCACCCCACAACCACCUCCGCCACAAAUGUUGCAACAAUUUCCGAUGGUCGGCGCUGCUGGCAAUCAAAUAUUUCAAUUCAUUCAAUCACCCCAAUUGAUUGCCACAACACAGCAGCAACUGAUCGCACAACAAAAUAGUCAACAGCAACACCACAGGGGCACCGCCACAGUUCAAACGCACCACCACCAUCAAAAUGCUGUCAAUCAACAGCAGCAGCAACAGUUGCAACAGCAACUGCAGCAACAACUCAAUUUGGCUACAUCGAUGGCCCAGAGUUCGCAUCUGGCAAAUGUCACCUCGUCGACUGGUGCUGGUGGAGUCCUGCAUGCAGUGGCCCACCAAACAACAACCAAAUCAGCAAAAGCCCCACAACAGAUUCUACCUAAACCUCAAUCGGCGACCAAUGAUAAUAAACUUAUAAAAGGUCAGAUCUCACAGUCACCUCAGCUUCAGCAACAGCAGCAGCAACAACAACAACAACAACAGCAGCAGCAUAAUGCGGUAAAUAAUGCGAAUGCGACGGCGCAGUCGUCAACGCAGCAACAAAUAAUUCUACCCACGGGGAAUCUCAACACUCAGCCUCUUUUGCUCAAUCAAAUGCCAGUUUUAGUUCAACAAAACACCCCACAGGGUGUUCAACUUAUACUUCGGCCGCCAACUCCACAGUUGGCGACACCUUCUCUGGUCAUUCACAAUACCCGCCCACAAUUGCAGCAGCAACAGCCGCAACAACUCCUAAGAAUCCUGAACACCAAUGGUGCUAUGCAGUUGGCAACGACACCGACAUUCAUUGUUUCAUCGCAGGCAAAUCUCAUUCAGCAAACGGCUAAUCUGCAAACCAUCAAGACCAAUUCCAAUCAGCCAGCUAUAACGCAACUGACUGGUCUGCAUGCAGCUCUAGCCUCCGCGUCAGCGGCACCUCGAUCUCAGCAAUUCAUUAACAGUCACAUUCUCGGUCAAAGUGUGGCAGCGCAGCUGCAGAAUCUUCAACUUAACGGCAACCACCUCGCUCAAAUUCAAAUGCCAAAUGGUCUCAAUGGUCAGAUACUCUCGCAGUUGCCUACCCAAUUCCAGCAGAGUCUAGCCAGUUUCGGACAGCUCAAUCAGAAUAUCAAUCUUAAUCAAUUGAAUAGCACAAAUAUUCAGCAGAUUGCUGCUGCAGCUGCGGCAGCAGGAGCAGCCUUUCAAUCUCCUCCGCCGCAACAUGUGGGCGAUUUGCAGAUGUCGGCAACGGGAACUGUCAUACCCUCGCAAAAUAUACAAUUCUCGAGUAUAGCAUCGCCAGCGGUAACUCCUCAGCCGCAGUUGUUGCCAUCGGUAACGCCCGAACCAGCGCGCAAUCCUACCCCAGUGACGCUGCAAAAUGUGAUGUCCAGUCCGCAACAUGUGAAUAAUAUUAUCGCAAAUGUUGCUGGUGGUGCUCAACAACAAGUACAAACGAAGCCGCAUGAGAUUCCCAUUCACGAGACCAAGGUUCGAAAAACUAAACCAAGAAAGAAAAAGAAUCAAGUCCAACAGCAACAACAACAACCAACACCAGUGUCCACAACUACUUCCAUCGCAAUGAUGGCCUCCUCAUCAACAACGACAACAACGACGACUAUGCCUCAAAACAACAACAACCUAAACGAUGCAACGAGUAGGAAUUCAGCGCUCUCGAACAACUCCAACAACACAGAAGCAUCUCCAGCCCCAGCAGUAACACGUCAAAAACUCGAUCUCGGUAAUGUUAUGAAACUGUGCGGCAUAAUGGAGGAUGAUGAUGAUUUCAUGGAGUGUGAUGAUCCACCGGCGCCGGCUCCACCACCACCACCACCACCUCAACAACAACAAGAGGAACCAAAAAUAUCAACACCACCACAACAACAACAAACCAACGAUAUAAUGAUAUCGAUUCCUGGUCAAAACAACGAUGUUCCCUUUACUUUCUCAAUUCCUGCUUCACAGCAGCAACAACAGCAUAAUAAUGCGUCAAAACCUCAAGCUGAAUUACGCUUGCAAGCUGGCAAUCUAGUCGAUGUAAAUGGCAUAGAACCAGGACAGAAUAUUCUGAUUAAAAUCGAUCAGAAUGAUUCAUCCCAACCGUAUACUAUAUCAAUUCCAAGACUACCCACCGCAGAAGAGAUUCAGCAACAACAGCAGCAACAACAACAAAUGCAGCCCCAAAUCCAUCUUACCACACAACAAGGUCAAAAAACUAUGUCAGCAAAUCAGGGGAUCACGUAUAGCUUUGCUCCGGCACUGACAAACUCCUCAAUGACCACUGCCACUUGUGGUACUAAUUCUGGCCCAACUGUUGUAACAUCCAAUCAACAAAUGAAUCCUAUUUUGAGAAAUACUGGCACAAUUCAGUCACGCAUAAAUGAGAUUCAAAAUCAAUUGAUUGCUGUGAGUGGAGUUAAUGUUCAACAACAACAUCAGCAACAGCAGCUGCAACAGCUUCAACAACAACAGCUGCAACCACAACAGCAGCAACAACAACCACAGCAACAAACCCAACAACAACAACCACAACAGCAGCAACAACAUCACCAGAAUCCAGUAAGCAAUGUAACAACAACAACGGCAACAACAUCUGUGACAUCGACAACGACCACUCCAACUGUGACAACAACGGCGACAGUCAAACCUCGCCGCAAACCGGCAGUUCGCCGAAAUGGCAAAAAAGUUGAAGCUGCUUUAGCAGCUGCCAAUGCAGCAGCAGCGGCCGUAGCAGCAGCGGCGGCAUCAUCCGCAAGUGCACAUACAACAACGACAACAACAACUGUAUCAGCACAAAAUACCACCAAUAAUAACCAGAGUAUAAUGUCCGUAGGUCAAGUUCCUAGCCAAAUCGGCAAUAUUCAAAUAUCACAGGUUGAUACAACAAAAUCAAUAGGUCAAAAUCAGCCUCCAGUUGCCGGGACAGUUGAGAAUAAGAUACAAAUAAUGCCAAUUCUCGACAAUGCUGGCGUUAAAAUAGGGAGCCACAGUCAGUCCACACAACAAACACAGCCAAAUCACAAUCAUCACCCACCGCAACAGCAACAACAACAACAGCAACAACAAAUUGUGUUCAAUCAACAGCAGCAACAACAAAUCCAACAGCAGGUACAACAACAUCAGCAACAACAGCAACAAGAAGCCAGUGCCAAAGCAUUAGCAGAUGCAACAGCAAAUGCAACUACCAGACAACAACAAACAAUGCCACAAGUUCCACAAAUUCAAGGCAAUGUAUCAACAGCUAUUUCGGCCUUAAUUCCACAACUAACUGGAAGUCUAAGUCUUGCUUUUACCGAGCAUUGCGAACGUCUUCUCUUGCGGCAUGACCCCAAUUCGCCGCAAGAUCAGCAAUCGCAAUGGAUUCUCCAAGCUCUGUUGAAGGGAGCUCUACCAAAUCUGACAAUAAUAAACGAACCAUCGGGUGUUGGUGGUAAUACUCUGGAGAAAAAUAAAAUGACUCCAUUUGUUAUGGCUGGAAAUCCAUCCAUAAAACAGAAUAACAAUCAACAAAUGGCUACAGGAACAGUGACUAAAACUAAAUCUGGUGGUAUGCAAUUGCAGAUAAAUAUUCAGCAGCAGCAACAACAACAGCAACAGCAAACAACAGCACAAACGGUUGAACAACCAAAGAAAGGCUCUGAAAGUAAGGCGAACAAUAAAAACUCUCAGCAAAAGAAUCAACAGCAACAACAUGUUCAAAAUUCAUCGAUUCAGCAACAAAAUCUGCAACAACAGCAGCAACAACAACAACAGCAGCAACAAAAUCAGCAACAACAACAACAACAGCAGCAACAACAACAAAAUCAACUACAACAACAGAAACAAAAUUCAUUCAUGGUCAAUCAAAAUAACCAAAAGUUUGUUGCUCUGCCCAAAGUGGAAUCCAAUCAACAGCUUUUUUGCCUCAACACCAUCAGUAAUCAAAUUACUCAAAUCAAUCCUGGCCAAACAACAGCCUCCCUUGGUCCCAUGGAAAGGUUAAUUAUAGCUCCGGCGGGUAUAAAUGCUCAACAACUGGCCCAGUGCCUAUCCCAAGGUCAGAUUCACUUUGACAACGAUAAUCAAAAUCAAAAUAGUAGCACAACCCAACAACAACAACAAACGACAUCAACAACACCUGUCGCUUCAACUGCUCCAGUGCCGCGCAUUCAGCAGCAACAAAUUGUCCACCCGCAGCAACAUCAACCAAUACAGCCUUUACAACAACCAACUCAAGCACCGCCUGCUAAACAAGUCGCAAAUGUCGCCCCAAUAAUCGAUCAGAGUAAGGCAAAAAUGGAACCAAAACCGAAGAAGGCAAAGCCACGUAAACCAAAGAUCUGCCUUGAGCCGAAUAAUGCACCACCGAAGAAUGCUGUCAAGCCGAUGCCCAAAGUGGAUUUAUCCGUCAAACCAAAUACAAAUCCUGUGCAGAUAGUCCAGCCAAAUAUUGCCAAAACAACAAUGAUUCAUCCAUUUCAGAGCCAGUCGUCGACGGGCACAAAGUUAAUUGGUGUAACAGCGCCAAUGCAACAACAUCGUAAUAACAAUAGUGUCAAUCUAAAUAACUCAACAAACCAGUGCAAUAGUAACUCAAACAGUAAUAAUUUAACCAGUAACAGUAUCAGCAGUAGUAAUAAUGAUAGCAAUAUUAGUAAUUUAAACUUAAUGAAUCAGGGCCCAGCUACAGCAUCACAGCCACAACAACAACAACAGCAUCUCCCAAAUCAACAGCAUCUUCAGCAAGCACCAUCAUUGGCUGGAACAAAUUCUGCAACGAAUCAAAUCCAAAAUAAUGCACAAGCUAUGCCAAUUGGCAAUACAGUUGGACAAAAUCAUCAAAUGCAACAAACACAAAUGCAACCGCAGUUGCAGAUGCAACAACAACAGCAGCAGCAACAACAGUCACAGCAAACAACUACGGUAUCGCGGGUUCAAACAAUUCAGCUUACACCGGAACAACAACAAUUGCUGAAAACCGUACAAAUGCAUAUUCAGCAGUUGUCAGCAAAAAUGCAAAACAAAUCUUUGCUCUCAACUUUGAAUAUACCAACUGAUUUGGAUACGCACAAUCCGAUCUAUAGCAAACCACUGCCUUCUUUGAAUAACUUGCAAAAUAUGAGCGAUGCUGACAUCUAUACUGCUUUGCAGGGUCUGUUUAUUGAACAGCAAAGAAUUCUGGCGUCGGGAAAGCUAAUUCCGACACCGGGAAACUUUGUGCCAGGUCAGAAUGGUAGCUUUGCAUUGAUUCAGCAACCAACGUUUUCUAUUCAGCCACCACAACAACAACAGCAGCCGCAGCAACAAAUUCAACAACAACCACCACCGUUGACUCCACUUCCAGUUGUAUCGGAAUCACAAAAAAGUGCGGGAAACUUUGAUAACAAAGUAUCCCCGCCAAAUUCAACGGCUCCUCAUAACAUUGGGAUAGUCCGUUCGGAAGGACAAACUAUACCAGCGAAUAUUGUUCAGCCAAAUAAUCACAACACAACUGUGACGACUCCCUCACCGUCAUCAUCGAAUUCCUCUUCUACUCAAAGGAUUCACAUCUAUCCUAUGCAACAUCAUCAACAACAACAACAGCAGCAACAGCAGAAUAAACAAACUCAACAUAAACAACUUAUUCAGCAAAAGCAACAAAUAAGCAUACAAACGCAACAUCAACAAAAACAGCAACAACAUGUGAUAUCGAUAUCAAAAGAUGGCAAACACACAAUAACUAUUCCACAUCCACAACAACAGCAGCAACAACAACAACAGCAACAACAACAACAGCAACAAAUCACACAACAACAAUUCAUACAAAUAACAAAGCAGACCCAUCCACAAGCGAGUGUUAUUCAGCAGCAUAUCAGCCAAGCCAAUGAAAUGCCAAAAACUGUAACUACAGCAACAUCGACUACAGUACAAAUGAAUUCAGUGGUUAGUACCAAAAUGGAGACUGAUUUGAAAACAACUAUUAUUCCGCUGAAUCAGCAACAGAAGCAACAACAUCUUCAGCAGCAGCAACAGCAACAACAACAACAGCAAUUCCAAAAUCAACUCCAACCUCAGCAGCAGCAGCAACAACAACAACAACAACAUCCACAGCAACAACAACAGCAACAAAGUUGUAGCUUAAUUCCAUUGGCUCAAAGUGUUACAGUCGCGCCGCCAUCAGUCUCGUCGACAACAACAUCUACCACAACCACAGCCAUUUCAUGUGCGAGUACGGUACCAAUAGAGAGUCCCAAACCGAAAGUUGCCCGACUAUCUUUGUUCAUUCGUCAAUUGGAAGUUGAUCAGCAUGGAUGCUUAAAUCCUGAUUACGUCAAUCCAUUUCAGAGUAAAGAAGAAGCUGUAAAACGGCUGGUUAGAUACCAUUGUAUGUAUGAGAAUGACGAAGAAAUACCUAGUGAAGAGGAAAUAGAGUUUGAAAAUACAGCGCUGCAUUUGGAAGAUAAAUUCAAUGAUAUUGCUGCAAAAUAUAAAAAACUACUUGUGUUUGAUUCAAUGCGUCAUCAUAGUACCUCUGAGAUGUGCCAAAUUAAUCAUUUACUUGUUAAGGAUCUACAACAAGAGUUGCUCGAUAUGCGUGCCGAAGCGUUUCCCCAAAAUCAACAUAAUCCAUUCACACACAGUAAUAGUGUUAUAUCGAAUCCCCUUAGUGCUGUUAGCAGUUUCAAACCAAUCAAACGUGAAUUUGACAACCAAUCAAACGAUUCUAGUCGUUCCACUCCCAUCCAGCAUCAACAACAACAACAAUCACAUCACAACACUUCACAAUGGAAACAUCACUUCGAACUUAUCAGCAGCAAUAGUAGCUGCAGCAGUAAUAGUCAAAUUAAAAACGAAGUCAAAUCAGAACCAUCUGAGUUUGGUGAUGGAUCUAAACUUAAUUUCCAACGUCGGCUAACACCAGUGCCGAACAACUGUGCUAAUAACAGUUUGCAAUCGUCCUUCCUCAAACAAUAUUCCAAUAUGAACAUAAUUAAAAAGGACGAAAAGGAUCAGGUAUUUUAUCCUUGCAGCAAAAUGUCUGCCGCAUCGGUUACCCCCCAUUUCAAUGGAAUCAAAAAGGACAUUGAUGAUGUCAAGAAAGAGUUUAUCGAAAACUUUGACAUUGAAUCCGAAAUAACACCGAGUUUCAUUAUGAAAAAGGGUCACCAUGCCAUGCAGCCACAACAACAUCAGCCGCAUCAGCAACAACAAAUUACAAAUCAAACACUGCAAAUCCAAAAUAUCCAUACAAAUGUUCUAUCUUCAUCAUCAUCAUCGUGUGCCUUUAACAAUCUUAAAUCCAAUAGUCGUGCAGCAGAAAUUCCCCUAAGUGACCUGCGAUCUGACUUUCAAGUUAACUGCUUUCCAGCUACCACAACUGGAAAUUCUGAUAAUAGUUCGUUCAACAAUGGCGGCGCCAGUACACCAUUUGAACCGGACAAAAAGCAAGAAUCCUGUGAUGAAUGGUUGUGCAUCCAAAAGGAAUUAAAUUUAAUUACCGAAAAGAAAUCUGAACAACAGCGUCAAGCUGCUCGUGCAGAAAGUUCAUCCACUCAGCUGGCUGAUAUCUUUGAGAAUGCCACAAGUCCCAAGGAUUUGUCGGAGCUCUUCGAGAAUGGUAAAGACCAGCACGAGACUGCCCAUACCAUUGAACACCUAUCGGAAUUCUUCAAUCCCGAGUCUGUGGGUAGUAAAUCAGUGGAGAAUCGCUUGGAAGCGAUGUUUGGCGAAUCUCCUGUUGUAGACAAAGCUGAGACAACACAAGAUAUGGUCGAAUCUGGCCUUGAAGAGUUAUUUAGCGAAUCACAAUCUCCGGCAGCUGCCAGCAAUUGUAAUGUCAUCCACACUCCUCAAAACUUCAAUCCAGUAACAGUCGUAGGAAGUGAGAGUUCCUCAGGCGUCCCAUCGGAUAAAACUCGUUCUUGGACUGGUGACUUGAUUGUACCGACUGCCAGCUCUUCUCCAUAUCUUCAAGGAGCUGCCCCACGACGGGCACAACAACAGCCGAGCUCGUGCAAUUUUGUCGAACAGCAACAGACACAUCAGAUUCAAUUGUCUAACAAUCCGCAAUGGAUGCAAACCAUGGAAGCCCAAUUCCAUGAGUUCAUGUCCACUUCAGGACAGGAUCAGCACGGCAUGAUUAAUGGAAGUACCGAUUCAACAGAUGGACGCAAGCGUCAAUGGAACGGUGACAUACUUGAUCAAGCUCAUCAGGAAUUGAAGAAAAUGUGCUUCACUGUUGGAUCAAAAUCGGAUGACGCACAAUUAGUAGAUCCAGAUUUACUCAGUUUACACGACCCCACCGGUGAAUUGAUUCGACAUGCUGUCAGCAUGCAGCAUAAUUCUGCGUUGAAUGUGGAGAACGGCCCUGGUGGCUUUCAGCAAAUGCUUAAUCUUCACCAACAUCAACAACAACAACAACAUGUGCAGUUUCAGCGCCAUCAUCUACAGCAAAUGCAUCACUCGCAAAUGCAUGGAGUUGGUCUGCUGGACGCCAUGGGCAUGGGUGUUGCUGGUCAAGCCAAUCUUAGUGGAGGUAGUAGUGGAAGUUUAUCAUCGAAUUUCGAUGAUGAUAUUAGUCGUCAUGUUCAAAAUGCCAUCGAUAGUAUAUUGAAUCUGCAAAACAGUGAAGGAGACUCGCUAACUUUCUCAUUAGAUCAUUCGAUGGGAUCGUUUCUUAGCGAAAGUAUGCUUGAACACAGUCAACAUCAUCAAAGUUCAGGAGCUAUUAGUUCACAUUGUGCUUUAGCAGAUGGUGGUGUUCAAGAUCCAACUGAUUGUAUGAUCAGUGGCGGAGGACCAAAUGCUACUGGAGAUAAUAGCAAUAUGAUGGUUGAUUCGCCAACAUCAUCGGUUAUGUCUAAUUCCACUAAUGGUGGAAGUGGUGGCAGAACUGAUGUUGGAACAACGGGGAGCAAUGUUGACGAGGUUACAGAUUUUAGCUGCGUAGCAGGUAUGGACGAUGCUGUAAAGUCGAUUAUGACAUCUUGACAGAUGUCUGCUGCCAAUGUGAUAAUGGAAUUUAAUGCUGCUGCACUUUGAAAAUGAGAGAGCCUUAUUACAAAAGGGUAUAACAAAUGGGUUGUUUCUAAUAUAUAAAUUGUAAAUUUUUAUUUUCUAAGUUAAAAAAUUUUUUUUUUUGUUUCUAAAUAUAUGUAGGUGUCCUUUAGGUGUCUCGUGUUAUAAUAAAACCAAAACAAAAAAGUUUCGAAUUAACUUUA